AUGGCUUUCAGAACCUGUAAGUCUAUUUCAGUCAUGUUUCAUUUCAAAUACGACACUCUCGUACAUCACAGAGUCAAUCAUAAUACAUCCACAAUUGUUCGUUUUUUUGAAACCCAAUCAAUAGAAAAAAAUUCAGAUUUCACAGAGAAACAAGCUCUCACGAUCUCUUACCUCACAAAGUCGUGUGGGUUGUCUCUGAAAACUGCUAUCUCAGCUUCUAAGAAGGUCAAUAUUAAGAGCACAGAGAGACCAGACUCUGUUCUUCACCUCCUAAGGUCGAUUGGGUGCACUGAAAAACACAUUUCAAUGCUAAUUUCUACAUACCCAAGGUUAAUUUUUGCUGACCCGGAGAGAACUUUGAGACCCAAAAUUGACUAUUUUGAAUCUUUUGGUAUGGUAGGUCCUGACUUGCCUAGGAUUCUCUGUUCAUGUAACAUGUUAGAUAACAGUUUAGAAAACCGAAUCAAACCCACAUUUGAUUUCUUCAAACGAUAUGUAAGGACCAAUGAGAAUUUAAUUUAUGCUCUUAAGCGAACUAACCGUAUGCGGCUGUGCAAUGUUCAGAAAGUUAUGGUGCCAAACAUCGACACCUUGCUUGCUCAUGGUGUCCCUGAAUCGCAUAUUGGAAGACUAAUCAUGUUGCUGCCUAGAGCACUAACGUUGAGAGUUGAUAUGUUUAAAGAGGUUAUUGAUGCAGUGAAUGAAAUGGGAUUUGAUCCCAAAAGGCUAUCCUACUUCUUGGCUCUCCGUUCCGUGUUGGAGAAUAACAAAGUCAAUUGGGAAAAGAAAAAGGAUGCUUAUAUGAGCUUUGGUUGGUCUGAAAGCGAAUUUAAUUUGGCAUUCAAAUUGCAACCGGGAUGUAUGCUUUGCUCAGAGAAGAAGAUCAGGGAGCUGAUGGAUUUCUUCAUGAACAAGGCAGGGUUAGGAGCAUCAGAGAUUGCUAAAGGCCCAAAUCUUUUUCUAUUGAGUUUGGAAAGGAGAAUCAUUCCAAGAUGUUCAGUUCUGCAAGUUCUGAUGUCAAAGGGUUUGAUUCGGAAGGAUGUAAAUGUGGUUUGGGCGUUAAUUCAUAGCAAAAAGAUUUUUGAGACCAAGUUUCUGACCAAGUAUAAGGAGGUAGCUCCUGAGGUAAUCAAAGCAUACGAGGGUGAGAUAGGAUUUCAAGGAUUCAAUGCUAGAUUGUAG